AUGAACAAAGUGGAUCGUUUAAAGAACCAGUCGGAUGCCCCAACCCUGGUGUGUUCCUCUGCAGGCAGGAGCGUGUGGACGUCUGAUUGCUGGCCUCUUCUGAAUCCCUCCGUCACGGUGGAAGAGAACGGCCCCUCCUGGCAACAGGCCUGCACAAAUCUGGGUUUCAGUCUCCCCCUGACCUGUCCCUCUCAUUUGUGUAAGGCUUGUGGUAGCCAUUUUGACUCUCUCGCACACAAGCAUGUCUGUGGGGAUUGCAAGAAGAACUUCUGUGGCCGCUGCUCGGUGGAGGCCGAGGCCCGCCAGCCCCGUCUCUGCUGGACCUGUCGGCGGUUUCACGGCACCCUCUUCAACCGCACACAGCUGAUGAGGCUCAAGGUGCGGGAGCUCCGGGACUACCUCCACCUGCACGAGGUGCGGACGGACAGAUGCCGUGAGAAGGAGGAGCUGGUUGAGCUGGUCCUGGACCAGCAGGCCCUGGGCGGCAGCGGCGGCAAUGCCGCCGCCAGCAGCGGUUGUAGCACAGCGCCCAACGGCGCUACAAACGGAGCUGCACCCCAGACCCAGCACACAGCUCCUUCGUCCUCGGACGACAACAACGAAGAGGAUGACGAUGACGACGAAGAGGAUGACGAUGAUGAUGACGACGAUGAGGACGGCGACGACGACGACGACGACGACGACGACGGCGGCGGCGGUGGCGACGACGACGACGACGACGACGAAGAGGAGGAUGAUGAGGAGGGUGAAGAGGAGGAUGAGGGGGAUGAGAAUGCUGAUGAAGGGGAGGCAGAUGGUGGUGAUGAAAGUGAAAGGGUGGCUGAAGAAGAUGCCGGUGAUAACAAUGUAAGGGAGGCUCAGGUGGAGGAGAACAACGAGAGAGAAGUGGCAGAGGAGGAGGAGGAGGAGGAAGACGACGAUGAGGAAGAGGAGGCAGGGGAGGACGAAGAGGAAGUUGAAGAGAACAUUGAGCAGACGUGGGACCCUGAAGAGGCCGUGCCCGCGGAGGCCCGGACCGCCUCCCUCUCUGACCUGAGCUGUGUGGAAGACAUCGAGGGUCUCGGCGUCCGUCAGCUCAAGGAAAUCCUGUCGCGCAACUUUGUCGACUUCAUGGGCUGCUGUGAGAAGUGGGAGCUGAUGGAGCGCGUCACCCGCCUCUACAACGAAGUCCGCAAUGAAGAGUCGGCCGCAGCCACCAAGCCGGACGAGGAACUGUGCCGGAUCUGCAUGGACUACCCCGUGGACUGUGUGCUGCUAGAGUGCGGACACAUGGUCACCUGCAGCAGGUGUGGCAAGCGCAUGAGCGAGUGUCCCAUCUGCAGGCAGUACAUCGUCAGGGUGGUCCACGUCUUCAGGUCCUGAGGACGGAGAACGCAACAGAAUCACUUCCUCAGACACCACAGUAGAUGGUGUCCAAUAACUCAGAGAUGUUAUUUAUGUUGUUUCUUUGUUUACUCAUUAGUUUGUUCAUUAAUAGGCAGAUACAAUUGAUAUUUUAUUACAAUUUUGUAUUUAUUUAU